UACUAUUCCUAUUCUUCAUCAAAAUACUUCUUGUAUCCCACAAAUCUCUCCGUAUAAUUUCUUCAUCUCUCUCUCUCUCUCUCUCUCUCUCUCCCUAAAUUGUUGCUUUGACAGACGCCAUGAUACAGUAGUACUACCCAAUCCUCAAUCGUUGAUUUUGAUUUUUUCAAUCAGUUUCAACUUUCAACUCAAACGGUGGGGAAUUCCUGCGUAUCCGAUUCCAAUUUUGUUUUCUUUCUCCGUCUUCACCUCCAUAAUCCUCUGUUCUCAUCGUCUCCGACAACUCACAACACCCGGAUACCGUUAUCUUCAGAUCUGCCGCCUUCUGUUUGACCAGCUGAAGAGUAUUUGCAUCCUUCUUGGGGACAAUGAAAAAGGCCUUUGAUCAAACUGUCAGGGACAUUAAAAGAGGAGUCAACAAGAAAGUUCUUAAAGUCCCUUCAAUUGAACAGAAGGUUCUUGAUGCUACUAGUAAUGAGACAUGGGGUCCUCAUGGAUCUCUUCUUGCUGAUAUAGCACUCGCUUCAAGAAACUAUCAUGAAUACCAGAUGAUAAUGUCUAUAAUCUGGAAGCGAGUUAAUGACACUGGAAAAAACUGGCGCCAUGUGUACAAGGGUUUGACUGUUCUUGAAUACUUGGUAGCAAACGGAUCAGAACGUGUUAUAGAUGAGAUUAAAGAACAUUCUUACCAGAUAACAACAUUGUCUGAGUUUCAAUAUAUUGAUCACACUGGAAGAGAUCAAGGGAACAAUGUAAGGAAGAAGUCACAAAGCCUUGUGGCUUUAGUCAAUGAUAAAGAAAAAUUACAGGAAGUUAGAGAGAAAGCUGCUGCCAACUGGGACAAGUUUCACAAAACAUCUGGAAGUGCAAAAUACAGACCUGGAUCAUAUCCAGGAGCAGGAGGCUAUGAAGAUGAUAGAUAUGAAGGUCGAUAUGGAAGCAGAGAUGAUAAUAGUAAUAGUAAUAAUGGAUAUGGAAGAGAGAGAGAAAGAGAAAGAGAAAGAGAAUGGGGUGAUGAUGAAUAUAACAGAGGUAGAAGAAGCUUUGAUGCCGAAAACUAUGGCAGAAGAAGUAGAAGCUCUGAUAGAGAAAGGGAACAACGUGCUUAUGAUGAUGAAGCCCAUUAUUCUUCAAGAGGAAGCAAUGUGAAAGCUGAUGAUCAAUCUCAGAAAUCACCAGAAGGGGUACCUCCUAGUUAUGAAGAUGCUGUGGCUAAUGGAGACCCAAAAACCUCACCUCCGCCAGUAACCACCACUCGUGAAACUGUUGCUCCACCGCCAGUAACUGCUGCACCACCACCACCUCCACCUGCAGCCACCAUGAACACGGAGAAUAACGGUUUUGAUGAGUUUGAUCCUCGUGGCUCUUUUCAAGCAGCGGCAGCAGCACCGCCACCGCCGCCGCCAGUAUCAGGUGGUGGUGACAUGGAUUUGUUUGGGGACCCGUUCUCGUUGAAUUCAUUGGCUAUUGUUCCUGUUACAUAUGAAACUUCUGACACAAACUCAAAUCCUCCUUCUGGUCAAACAUUUGUGGCACCAUCUUCAACCUCCACUGUUUCUAGUCAGGCAUUUGAAGAUCCAUUUGGUGAUGGUCCUUUUAGAGCUGUUCCUUCUACAGCUGGAUUUUCAGCUCCUCCCCAGUCAGCAUCCGCUGCCACUGUUGGUCAAAACGGUCAACCACCACCACCACCACAACCUGCCGCCCCGACACCAAACACUGUCAAUAACUUUGGAUAUGGAAGCAGUUUUGACCAAAACACCGAUAUUCUAGCGGGUCUCCUGCCACCAUCUGGACCUUUUCAGGGUCAACCACUAGAAAGUCAACCUCACGGUGGUGGUCAAUUCGUGUCCCAUGGUGGUCAAACCGCCACUCAUGGUGGUUUUCCAGGUCAAAUGAGCUCCGGUUUUCCUGGUUCUAAUGGUCAACCGGCUAACUUUUACGGUGGUUAUGAACCACAAGGCUCUUCAGCUCCACUUCCACCCGUGCCGCCAGUCACCGCCACACCUGCCGCCCAGUCAAACCCUUCAAGUUUCUAUCAACAGCCACAGCCACAGCCAACAACCUUGAAUUCUUCAACUGGUGCUCUUGCUUUAGUUCCUCAACAACCAGCAAAAUUCGAAACAAAAUCCACUGUUUGGGCUGAUACAUUAAACCGUGGCCUUGUUAAUCUCAAUAUAGCCGGAUCUAAAACGAACCCAUUGUCUGACAUUGGAGUUGACUUUGAAGCUUUAAAUAGAAAGGAAAGGAGAAUGGAGAAAACCAACACAACACCAAUGGCUACUUCAAAUGUAGCCAUGGGUAAGGCCAUGGGCUCCGGUUCGGGUAUCGGUCGGGCUGGUAUGGGUGCACUAAGACCCCAACCCAACCCCAUGAUGGGUCCAGGUCCAGGUGGGUACCCGAACCCACCCAUGGGUCAGUUCCAGAUGCAACCUCCAACUGCCGGAUAUGCAUCUGGAACUUACAACCCAAUGAUGGGUUUGGGUCGUGGUGGUGGUUAUGGGCAACCACCACCAUAUGGUGGUGGCUAUAGGUAAAUUCCCGGUGAAGUUUAAGGUAAGAAGUGAGAGUGAGAACCUUCCGGAAUCUAUGACGCCCAAAACACACGUGAAAAAAGAAAUGAUUUGGCCCGAAAGUUUUAUUUGGGAUGUGUAAAGAUGGAAAUGUUUUUUUUUUUUUUUGUUAAUGUAUGAUUGAUUGUAUGAUGUAAUAUUGAUUGAUAUUGUUAGAUGUUGUGAAGGGUGUAUACCAAUACCAUUGAGGAGGGAGAUAAACAUAUGAACAAAAUUUGUGUUUUGUUAUUUGUUGAAGUUGAACCAUGUAUUGUCAAUAAAUACAAGGGAGGGAGAAGGACUUGCAUUA